CUGCUUCUCCGCUCUUAUCUUCCGUUCCCCGCCGUCGCAGCCGCGGAUCUCUCCCGGACCUUUUAUCAGGAUUUCUUUUUAAUUCUCCUGAAAGUCCGCUGAAAGCCGCAGUGCUCCUCCCAUGGUGUCCCCGGGACUUUCACCGGCCUGUAUUCGACUUGACGGAAACUAUCGGCGACCGCGUUCUGGUUUUGAAAAUCAUGGAAACGUGGUUUUGGAAUCCCGUCUUGGGCUUGUCCCUGUGGGUGCUCCUGCUGGCUCUGCCGGGGCCCCUCAGGGCAUGGACCCCAACUAACAACAGCCCGGAGCCUGGAACAACACGCUUUUACUAUUCAACCGCCACAGACCAGCUCAACUCGAGUUCACCGUCCAGCGAAAGUUUAUCACCAUCUCAGAGGAACCUCCUGUUCACAACCGGAGCAGAAACACACUUUUCUACCGCUGGAAACGUCGACACUGAAGAGACGACACAGAUUGUUUCAGAAACAAACAGCGGGUCAUUAGAGACCCUGGGCCUGUCUACUGAGCCACUCACCUCCACACUCAUUAUAUCCACAACUGAGGCCAGUAACAGCAACAGCAGCAGCAGCAGCAGAGACUGGAAAGACUUUACUAACACUGACCAGAUCCCGGUCAGAUCUCCCGCUGUUUCAUUUGAGCCCAAGCCCUGGAUGUUGACAGAGGACUCCAGACUGCCCCAGGACAGUCCAGACAGCACCCUGCGAUUUGGCGACGCCACAGACUUUAUGUCACAGACGGCCACCCACACCGACAGCGACUACACCUCCACCACCAUGAGCCGAGCCGGGGAGAGGACCCUGCUGUCAGUCACCUCCUCAUCCAGCAACAGCACCUCCCCUGUGUUUACAGAAGACUUGAGCUCCCAUCAGCCCCGCUCUACCUGGGGCGCUCCGGUCAGGGCUACAGAGACUGAGGAUUAUACGUUCACUGCCUCAUCGCCCAGGACUGACAGCACAGACAGAACAGACCAGUCCUCUGAGGGGAUGUUUUCAGAGACUGGGAGCCCAGGAGUUUCUAGCAGAACUUUAAUGGGACCACUGAACGCUACCCAGCACCAACAUAUAGUAACGUCAGAGGGCACCACCAACUCGACAUCGUCUGUCAUGGUGACUGAGCCCAGCACCGACCAGUCUGAGGUGUCCGUUUCAUCGACACCUCCUGUCAUCUCACCAGCUGUGGAUCCAACCAGCGUCUCAGGGACUGACCAGGGAGAGGGCUCGUACUUUGGAACGUCCACUGAGUCUUCCACUGGAACCCACAGUGUCAGUACUCUGAACCAGGAGGGCACACAGGGAGUUUCAUCCCAGACUGAGGAGGAAAGUGUGGGUUUGGGUCUGACCACUGCGCCCCCUACAGUCAGCAGUAGUACAUCUGAACGGGACAAUUCCCAGAUGACUGAUACUCCAGUACUGGUUACUGAGGUCAUACUCACCACCGCACCCAUCACUGUGACAGAAAGGUCAGUGAUAACAGAGGAAGAAACUCUGCAAGCCACUGUCUCCACCGCAACGCCUCCCCUACUCCCAGCCACCCCCACCUCCAGGUUCAGCAGCACCACUGACCGCCUUACUGCAGAAUCACAGGCCACCAUCUCAUACACAACACCAACCAUCGUAGCCUCCACCUCAGACCAACAGAGCUCUGCUGCUCUCCCAACUCACCGCUUGACCCCCAGUCAAACACAGAAACCCUCCACUAAGAUGAUGGCUGCUCCAACAAACGUCACCACCCCAAAGCUUGAAACAAGUACCAUGGGACUGACCACAGCCCACAGCCAGUACAUCACCACUACAGCUACCCACAGCACCCCAACCAGGAGUACAGAGGCUGGUACCACUGGAAAACAAACCGACCAGGGAAGCACAGAGCUGGUGGUGACCACAUCAUCCACCAAUAUUCAGCCUCCCAAGAGACCCCCACCACAACCAAAGAACCCCUGUGUGUCCAACCCAUGUAUGAACGGAGGGAUGUGUGUGAGCUAUGAAGGCCAUCAGUUUACCUGCCACUGUCAACAGGCAUGGACCGGAAAGACCUGCAACGAGGAUGUCAACGAGUGUGAGCAAGACCCCUGCCCCGUCGGCUCCAGGUGUGUAAACACACGAGGAUCCUUCAGCUGUGAAUGUCCACUGGGCUUUGACCUGGAGGAUGGACGAACCUGCACCAGAGCAAAGACAUUUCUGGGAACUUUCAGCGUUAACAGACAGCCACAUGACCCUGUUAUCUUCAAGAGCGCCACCGUGCAUGAAAUCCAGAGGGAGAUCAUUCUGCUGCUCAAUGCGUCAUUGUCAGUCCUCCGAGGUUACAGCCGCUCAACACUGAGCAAGAAAGAGGAGGGUGGGCUUCGUAUCACUGCUGUCAACAUGUUUUCCAUCUCCACUGACGUAACGAGUGCUGAGGUCUUCAACAGCAUCCAAAUGUCCCUCAGCAACUGCAGCUCCUCGCUGGCCCACUGCCGGAUGGUCCUGCUCCACCAACUCUCUUAUCACGUGGAGAGUCUGUGUGUAGCACAGCAGACUCAGUGUGAUACCGAGCGCUCCACCUGCACAGACAACAGUGGCACAGCCUACUGCCAGUGUCUCCAAGGAUAUUACAAACACAAUCCUGAUGACCUGUCCUGUUUAGAAUGUGGAGAUGGCUACAAACUGGAAAAUGGCACUUGUGUUCCGUGCAUGUUUGGAUUUGGAGGAUUCAACUGUGGAAACUUUUAUAAGCUGAUUGCAGUUGUGGUGUCACCUGCGGGGGGCGCCCUGGUCCUCAUCCUCAUCAUUGCUCUCACAGUUACUUGCUGCAAGAAAGAUAAAAAUGACAUCAACAAGAUCAUCUUUAAGAGUGGAGAUCUGCAGAUGUCACCAUAUGCAGACUUCCCUAAGAGUAACCGUAUAUCCAUGGAGUGGGGAAGAGAAACCAUAGAGAUGCAGGAAAACGGCAGCACCAAAAACCUGCUGCAGAUGACCGACAUUUACUACUCGCCUGCACUACGCAACUCUGACCUGGAGAGAAACGGCCUGUACCCGUUCACAGGUCUACCCGGAUCCCGCCACUCGUGCAUCUACCCCGCCCAGUGGAACCCCUCGUUCAUCAGCGAUGAUUCACGAAGAAGAGACUAUUUCUAACCGGCUAAAGCUGCACAUAAAUGCCCUCAUGAUGCAUGUCAGACGUUUUUUAAACUGACAAAGGUGAUGAUAGUUUCUUAUCACGUGGAUGUUACUAAUGGAUUUCAGAGAACAUAUUCGACCAGCUGCACACAAAAUAUGGAAAUGUUUAUGAGUGUGUGUAUAUGUAUAUGCAAACUGCCAUCAGUGCACACUUUUGCAAGUAAAAUGUGUUUUGUAGACAUUUCAGUGCUUUUUCAUGUUGUAGCUUAUUUACAGAAUAUUAAGUCAACAGUUUUCCAUCAGUGUCCGUGAUAGUUCAGUACGUUAUAGCUCCUUGCAGGAAGCCUCUGAUUUCCAUUUGAUUUUCUAUUUUCUGACACUUGAAUGUCUUCCCUGUCUUCUCUUGGUAAUAAGGCUAUGAGUGCGGCAAAUACAACGUUCAAUAACUGGCUUUUAUGAAUGUAACUGAGCUCAUUUGCAGCAAAGAAAGUGUAUGCGACGCAUCGUAAAUAGACGAAACAUGCAAAAACACUGAUCUGAUCGUUUAACAGAAGAGCGUUACUUGAGAAAACUGAUGCUGAUGUUCAUUUUGAUGAUAAAUAUGAAGUAACAGCUCACAGAUAGUUGCUCUAAGCAGUUUGUUUCUACACUUCAUAGUUCAUAAUUACACCAGUGUUGCAUAUCUGUCCAUGUAAAUCUUGGCGAGAAUGUGAAUAAGCACACGAUUCAAUGUUAAGAGUAUUCUUUUAUGUACUGGAAUAUGAAUACACACAUGCCACUGCUGUGAUUUGAUAACAGAUGGAGUUUAAUACUGUGCACUGUACUCAUCUGACAGUAACAAACCACUAAACGGUGCACAGUUCGGUUUGACGCCCUUGGAGACUGAGCACUGACUUAAUCUAAUGUCAGCUUUUAUUUAUUCCCUGUAUGUCCAAGUCCUUGACAUGUAGCAUACUGGAUAUUUCAUGCUCUCACACUGACAGACUUUAAAAGAAAAGGAGACAUUCUGUGGUUUUAAGUGCGUGUGAGGAGUGAGGAAUACUUAUCUGUAUACAAGAGGGAUCAUGAUUGUCUGAGUGUUUGGAUGUAAAGAUGUAUCAUAAUUAGUUUGCUGUGUCAGACAUGGAAUUAUUUUUACACGACUGGUUUCUUUGUGUAUUUUAUGGUCUGAUCAUUCUGGCGUUUUAGUCAGACGUGCUAAUUUAAAUAAUAAAAAUGUUGCACAACUGA